ACCUGCUCUCAAAUGUCAUCGGCAAGUCAUCGACAAGUCAUCGACCAGCCGCCUUCGAUAAGCCGCCUUCGAUAACAGCCGUAAAGUGUGCACGUGCAGGAUAGUUUUAAAUAUUGUCAUUAUGUCUCAAAAAUAAGCUGCUCCUAAGUAAGUGGGUUAAGCUAUUUAAGAGCGCUGUGGAAAAUACCGAAUAUCCUUAAGAAAGAACUGCGAAAUGCAAAAGGCAAGCACUUCUGCUGGCGCCAAAACCGCGGGCAAUCGCAAAAUGCAGAAAAGCCCAAAUAACGGUGCAGCUAAGGCCCAGAAAUCGGCGAAGACAGUUGAUACUGUAACUGAUUCUGAGUUGCUAUAUAAUCCGCCUGCCUUUUUGACCGCGGCGGAGAAGGAAAGGCGCAAAUACCUGCAGGCCCGUGUGAGAGCUGAAGGCGAGUCUGCAUCAACAUCGAGUAAGUCGAAUGCAACCAGGCCCACAGAUCGCAAGCGUCAUCUUCAGGCGGAAGACCCACUGCCGGCGGAUGCCAACAACAAUGAUACCAAUAAGGGGGGUAAGGUGGCCCAGGAAUCUGCAUCUACCCAAGCAGCCGGCACCACCAAGCGCAAGCAACCGCGCAGUCAGGGACUAGAGCAAACCUCGCCGAUCAUGGUUAAUGGCGAGGCUUUGGCCUGCCCUUUGGUGCGGAAGUCCCUGCCGGCAGCCGGUGCCUCUGGUCCUGCCAAAUCCUGUCCAUUGCCCGUGAAGCGCAAGUCAUUGCCCCCAGAGGCGGCCAAGUCGUGUCCUCUGCCGUCGAAAAAGGACAGUGUGACCAAAAGCCCAAUGACUGUCCAUGAAGCCCCCAAAGUGGACAGUGCCACUAGCAACAGCAAUGAGAAGCAGCUCGCAACCAUGCCAGUAGACAUCCACAAAACCGACAGCAUCGAAGAGGGUCGUCGCGUCCUGGAGUGGUUAAUCAAUCCCGUCGCAGUCAAUCAGUUCUUUGCCGACUUUUGGGAGAACAACGCCUGCGUGGUGCAGCGGAAGAAUCCCAACUACUAUAGCAAGCUAAUGUCAUUUAAGAUGAUUGACGAUAUACUGAUGCGCAAUCGUGUGGAGUUCGGCACCAACUUGGAUGUGACCAUUUACAGGAACGGCAAGCGCGAGACUCUGAAUCCCGAGGGCCGUGCCUUCCCGUCAGUUGUAUGGGACUUUUAUGCGGAAGGCUGCAGCAUUCGCAUACUGAAUCCUUCUACCUAUCUGUUGGGAUUGCGUCAGGUGUGCAGCAUUAUGCAGGAGUUCUUCCACUGCUUGGUGGGGGCAAAUGUCUACCUAACUCCGCCAAAUAGCCAGGGCUUUGCGCCCCAUUAUGAUGACAUCGAGGCCUUCGUGAUCCAAGUGGAGGGACGCAAGCGCUGGCGCUUGUACGAGCCACCCGAGAAGGCCGAUCAGCUGAGCAGGACCUCGUCGGGCAACUACGACCAAAAGCAGCUCGGUGAGCCCAUAAUUGAUGAGGUCUUGGAAGCUGGCGACUUGCUAUAUUUCCCCAGAGGCACCGUUCACCAGGCCAUCACCGAGAAGGGACACUUCUCGCUGCACAUUACCUUGAGUGUGUACCAACAGCAGGCAUACGCCAAUCUCCUAGAGACCCUAAUGCCCAUUGUUCUCAAAAAGGCCGUCAAAAAGAGCGUGGCCUUGCGUCGCGGCUUGCCGCUGCACACCUUUCACGUGUUGGGUGAGGUCCAAAGGACCAAUCGCUGCGAGUCACGCGAUCAGCUGGUGGAGAAUGUGCAGAAGUUGGUGUCCAAAUACUUGAUGCCCUCCACACAGGAUAUUGAUGAGGCCGUCGAUCAGCUGGCCAAGAAGUUCCAGCACGAGGCAUUGCCACCGAUCAUUUUGCCCGAGGAGAAGGUGCGCACUGUAUUUGGGUCGCGCAGCAUCUCCGACCAGGAGGGCAACUCCGUCUGCGAUUACGAAUUCGACACAGACACAUCCGUGCGCCUGCUGCGCGCCAAUAUCCUCCGCCUGGUGAACGAGGACGAUGGAAGCGUGAAGAUCUAUCACCAUGUGAAUAAUGCCCUAGAGUAUUGCAAGUACGAGCCCAAUUUCUUGGAGAUUCUGCAGGAGGAAGCUAUUGCCGUUGAAGUUCUGAUAUCGGCAUAUCCUUAUUACAUCACCGUCGACCAGCUGCCAUUGAAGACUGUUGCUCGUAAGGUGGAGGUCGCCACCGCCCUGUGGGAACACGGUCUUCUUAUGACCGAGAAGCCAUUUAAAUAGGAGAGAAUUAAAGCCAACAAGAUCAUUAGAAUUAAUAUACAUGCGAAUGUUC